UUGUACUCGGCACCAGAUCAGUGUAAAACAUAAAGUUAGAGACAACGCACGCUUUAAAUAAGCAAAAAUGAUUGCGGAAAUAUUAAUAUUUAUAUUAACAACGUUAGUAGCGUUCGCGUUCUACAGCUACUAUAAGAAUCAGAAUGUUUUCAAGAGUAAAGAUAUGAAGUUCCUGCCCGGGUUCCCGAUGUUUGGAAAUAUCAUCAAAAGCUCCUUCGGGAAGAAUCACAUGUUCUAUGAUCUCGACCGUGUUUACAGAGCUUUUCCGGGUGAAAGCUACGUCGGCUACGUGGAAGGCUUCGUGCCGCUGUACCUGAUCCGGGACCCCUCCAUCAUCAGACUCAUCACCGUCAAGGACUUCGACCACUUCGUGGACCACCGGCGGUUUGCUACUGAUGACUUGUUCAAUGAGAGCCUCUUUAUGAUGACAGGCGACAGAUGGCGAGACAUGCGGUCGACGCUGAGCCCCGCGUUCACCGGCUCCAAGAUGAGGCAGAUGGUGCCCUUCAUGAACGAGACCAGCAACAACAUCGUGCAUUACUUGAGAGAAACCGAAGGACAAGACAUAGACGCUUCUCGACUGAUUCGUUGCUACACGAAUGACGUCAUCGCUUCAACGAUAUUCGGUCUCCAAGUGAACUCGCUGAAAGAUCCUGAAAAUGAUUUUUACAAGGCUGGACAGAGCUUGGUGGUGGGAAAUUCUUUGACGCGAAGGCUUUCCUUUUUCAUCGUCAUGACUAUUCCAGCUUUGUCAAAGUUCUUCCCCUUCUUCCCGAAAGAAACGACUGAUUUCUUCAGAGGAAUAGUGCUGAAGACCAUGCAGCAUCGCGAGAACAACAACAUCGAACGACCAGACAUGAUACAAAUGUUGAUGGAAGCUGCAAAGGGUACAUUAAAGAUGCAAACCCACGACAAGUUAGAUGACAUAGGGUUUGCCACUACCGAUGAAGCGGACAUCAAACCUAAGGGUGAAAUGAGGCAAUGGACACCCGACACUUUGGCUGCUCAAGCCUUUUUGUUCUUCUUCGGAGGCUUCGAGAGUUCAGCAUCAGUCAUCGUGAUGGCAGUCCACGAGCUGGCCGUCAACCCUGAAGCUCAGGGGAAACUUUACGAAGAGGUGAAAGAAUACCACGAGAAACACGGAAAGAUGACGUAUGAAGGCGUACAGAAGAUGACGUAUCUGGAUUGUGUUGCUAAUGAGGCACUGAGGAAGUGGUCCCCGGCGGUAAUAACGAACAGGGUUUGCGUCAAACCCUACGUAUUGCCUCCUCCAAGGGAAGGUGGUAAGCCAGUACAAUUGGAAGUUGGAGACGGUAUCUACAAUUCGGUCAGUUCUGUGCACUGGGACGAACAGUAUUAUCCGGAACCUGAAAAGUUCAAGCCUGAAAGAUUCAAUGACGAGAACAAACAUAAGAUCCAGCCAUUUACGUUCAUGCCUUUUGGAACUGGACCCAGGAAUUGCAUCGCGUCCAGGUUCGCGAUCCUGGAGCUGAAGGUGCUCCUCUACCACAUCGUGCUGAACUUUGAGAUCCAGAAGUGCGGCAAGACGUCCGACCCCGUCCAGCUGGCGCCCGGGGACUUCAACAUCCGCGCCGUCGGCGGCUCCUGGGUCAAGUUCAGCUCCAGGAAUUAAAGAAGACCAUGAGAUUUGGACUAUUUGCAGUCUGAAGUUCAUUCAAAAAGUGACAAACCAAAUUCUAACACAGAAUAAAAUGUACACUUUGCCAGUCCCAAUGAUCCCCUACCUCAUAACUCAAAGAAUCGAAUUCUUGCACAGAAUAAAAUUUAUUGAAUGCUAGUCAAAAUGAUCCGCUCCCCUAUAACUCAAAGAAUCGUACCACCACCGACAUUAGCGGUGGUGGUAAUAUAGCAGCUAGUAGAGUUAUGGGGGAGGGGCUCAAUGGGACUGGCAAAGUGUAAAUUUUAUUGAAUGUUAGAAUUGGGUUUGUCACUUUUUAGACAAAUUUCAGGUCGCAGAUGUUUAGGAAGGAUAAUAAUAAUAUUAUUAUGUAUUAUACAAUAAACUUGAUUUUGGAGUUUCACAACUUAGGGUUAUGGCUGUGAAUGCGUGAUAGAGCUGAAUGUAAAUUUUUCAUGUAAAUUACUGACGGAAUUAGUUAUUUAAAUAAUAAGAUUUAACAUAUUAUAAUAUUAUAGUUUAGUAAAUUAGUAAAUAAUACAAAAGUUUAAUAUAUA